UUGUUAUUUAUAAUCUUUGGGUUAAAAUAAAAACCCUAUUUUUCUAAUAUGUCCUGUGACUCCUCCUGUUUUUAAUUCGGUCCAUCACAUGUGGUGUCAGAAGUGAGGAUUUUGAGUUGAGGAGGCAGGACUUUUUUUUUUUCUAUUUUUUGCUUUUUGUGAGUAAUUCUUUUACUAACCCCCUCCAACAAAUUUUUGAGCCAUGCAGAAUGGUGUGCGCCCAAGAAAAGGAAACAAGGUUGAGACCAAAGAGGUUUUCCAGCAGUCAGAGAGGGAGGAAAUGGAAGGAGGAGCUUCAGCAGCAGCUGGAGACACUGAGCAUGAUGAGACCAGAGAACCAACUCUGCAUGAUAUUGCUGGAAUUCUUCAGGCCUUCAUGGGACAACAGGAAGUUCGGGAGAAAAAGCAGAGAGAGGUUUCUGCACAGCAAGAACAGCGCUUCAAGUGUUUGCAACACCAGUUUCGGCUUUUGCAAAUGGAAAUGCAUGCCAGGACAACCCCGCCCCCUGAGCCCACAUCAAUUGAUCCACAGCCUGUUGAAAUUCAAACUGAUCAUCAGAUUCAAGCAACAUCUCAACCUGAGGAUUCAGCUUCCGGCUCAAUAGGUCAGUCUGUGCACAUUCAUCAUCCUAAAUUAGAAAAAUUAACUGUUGAAGAUGAUAUUGAACACUUUCUGACCACUUUUGAGAGAAUUGCAGCUGCUUAUCGUUGGCCAAAGUUGGACUGGAUUUUUCAUCUCAUUCCUCUUCUGACGGGUAAGGCUCGCAGCGCCUAUGUUAACAUGGAUGUGGAUGAUUCCCUGGAAUAUGAAAAGGUAAAAGCUGCCAUUUUACAAAAAUAUGAUAUAAAUCCAGAAACGUACCGACAAAGAUUUCGCUGCCUUGAUAGUCUUGAUGAGAGUCCAAAGGAAUUGUAUUCAAGACUCAAAGAACUUUAUGAGAAGUGGAUUCAGCCUAAAGAUAAAACUGUGAAACAAGUUGGUGAAUUGAUUAUUCUGGAACAAUUUUUGAGAAUGUUGUGUCCUGAGCUUCAGGUCUGGAUCAAGGAGCACAAUCCAAAGUCUGCUGCAGAAGCUGCUACUCUGGCAGAUGUGUUUGUAGCUGCCAGAAGUAGGAGUCAGCCUUGGAGCAACAGUGCAUGGAGAGCUGCUAAAGACUCACGUCAGCUACAACCCUCUCAACCUCAUCAAAAGUUUGCAACAGGUGUGGGUAAGCCUUUUUAAAGAGAAAAUCAGCCUUUCAAGACAGGAAAAAGACCACCAGUGUGUUACCUCUGUGGACAAGAAGGUCACACCAAGCCCAUGUGCCCCAAGAAUCAAAGUAAGCUAACUCAAAUGUGUUUUGUGCCUCACCAGAAUAUGGGUAUUAAACCUGAAAUAAAGCAGUCAAAUAAAAUCAUCCCAGUGAAGAUUGCUAGACAUGAAAUGAAUGCUUUAAUAGAUACUGGCAGCACACAGACUCUAGUGCAGGGGUGGGCAAUCCUGGUCCUCGAGGGCCGGUGUCCUGCUACUCUUAGAUGUCUCCCUUGAAACACUCUUGGAUCCAACAGCUGACUCACCUCCUAAGUGCAGUCAAGUUCUCCAGAGUCCUGCUAAUGACCUCAUUAUUUGACUCAGGUGUGUUGAAGUAGAGAUACAUCUAAAAGUUGCAGGAGACCGGCCCUCGAGGCCUGGAGUUGCCCACCCCUGCUCUAGUGCAUAAGAAGCAUGUGCCAACUCAUUGUAUAUGCCCUUCUGAAACAAUAUCAGUGUGCUGUAUACAUGGUGAUGAGAAAUCAUACCCCACUACUGAUAUGUUUGUUGAGGUGCAGGGGGCUCCCUAUUUGUUGAAGGUUGGGGUAGCUGGUAACCUACCCUAUCCUGUAGUUCUUGGGGAGGAUCUGCCUGUUAUUUAUGAUUUAUUGAGGGAUGUGCAGAGCUGUAAUGUGGCUGUAAUCAGGUCCCAAGCUAAAAAUCAAGAUGAGCAUUUUGCAACACUCAGUGCUUUACCCUUUUUUGAGGCUGAGCUGCAGACAGAACCUGGGAAAUCACGGAAGCCACGCAGUCAAAGAAGGCAGGAGAAAUUUCAACAUACACUGGGUGAGACUUCAGUUGAAGUGGCUCCAGAUAUGCCACUGGGUUUUUCAAUACCUACAAAUGCAGCAGAAUGAUCCAACUUUGUCUGCCCUGUUGCUGAAGGCUAGGGUGAGGCCUCUAAGACAGAAAUACAGUACCUUGGGUUCACUAUUGGAGGUGGCAUUCUUAAACCUCAAGUUGAUCAAAUCAAUGCGAUAGCAUCCUGUCUGCUCCCACAAACCAGGAAACAGCUACGAUCUUUUCUAGGCAUGGCUGCAUUCUACCACAGAUUCAUCCCCAAUUUCUCAGCUAGAGCAGCAUCUCUAACAGACAUGAUGGGUUCCAGAAGUCCCACCAAAAUUCAGUGGACAGCAGAUGCCGUUGCAGCUUUUAAGGACAUUAGCCAAUCCCUGAGUAAAAAUCCAGUUUUGCAUUCACCAGAUUUUACAAAAGACUUUUUGUUGCAAACUGAUGCUUCUGAAAGGGGUCUUGGGGCAGUGCUUCUGCAGGGACCACCAGAGGACCAACAUCCAGUUGCCUACAUCAGCUGCAAGCUGCUGCCAAGAGAGAGACGAUAUGCAGCUGUGGAGAAGGAAGCCGUGGCUAUUAAAUGGGCCCUUGACUCAUUUAAAUAUUAUUUGCUCGGAAGAGAAUUCACCCUUCAGACUGAUCAUAGAGCCCUCCAGUGGCUAGAAAGGAUGAAGGACACUAAUGGGAGAAUCACCAGAUGGUAUCUUGCUAUGCAGCCAUUUCGGUUUAAGGUUCACUACAUCCCCGGCAAAGACAACACCACUGCUGAUUACCUUUCUCGGUGCCAGAGUGAAGACCAGGAAGUGGGGGAGUGUGUGAUGGCCAAAUCCAUGGCCACACUCUGUCGGUAACUCUUUUUAUGCACAGUUUAUUUUUUCAUACAAACACAACACUUUAGUUUCAAUAAAAAUAUUUAUUAGUUGAUUUGAAUGCAUUUGUUCUAUUUGUUAGCACGCACAUUUAGUUAGCACAUGUAUUUAUAUCAACUUAAAAUUAAUUUUGUUUGCUUAAGAUUAAUUCUGUUUGUUUUCCCACCGGUACUUACCUGCCUUGGAGUUACCAGACAAAAGAAGGGGCCCAGGGCUCAGCAGGCUUACAUGCUGAUUGGACUGAACCACUAGUUCCUGCUGGCAGGGGGAUUUGUAGUUUCUUUCUUUAGAUAAGUUUUGUAUUUAAGUAAAUAUUAGUAUUUAAAGUUUAAUAUUUUUGAUUUUCAG